AGGAAAUGAGGAUAGGCCGAGUUCCGGGCGCGAGGCGGCCACUGGGGAGAGCAGAGCGCGGCGGCUGGAAGUUGCUAAGUCAGAGCCGCGAUGUUCCGGAUUGAGGGCCUCGCGCCGAAGCUGGACCCGGAGGAGAUGAAACGGAAGAUGCGCGAGGAUGUGAUCUCCUCCAUACGGAACUUUCUCAUCUACGUGGCCCUGCUGCGAGUCAGUGAGUGUCUCCCGGGCUGUGACUGUGAGACCAGCGGGGAGCUCACCGACGGGCACCCCUUAACUCUACCUAGAGGCCAUCAGGGUCCUUGAACUGAGCUGAACGCUCCAUUUAUCUUAAAGAAAUUGGACAGCAUAUGAAGACAGGACAUCACAUAUGAAUGCACGGUAUGAAGAGCCUGGUUACAGUUUCGACUCCUCUCUGCAAAUGAAUAGGCCCAGAAAGGUGUGAGAGACUCUUUGAAUGGACAUAAAAUUCUGCUUGUUAAGAACAAGUUUGGCUCUGGUAACUGACCUUCAAAGCUAAAAUUUAAAACUAUUUGGGAAAUAUGAAACGAUGUGUCGUGAUCUGGUGUACCCUUAUGCCUGUGACGUUUGGCCUCUGACAAUACUGGUAUAAUUGUAAAUAAUGUCAAACUCCGUUUUCUAGCAAGUAUUAAGGGAGCUGUGUCUGAAAUGGCACUGUCUUGUCAGUCAUUUCUGUUUACCUUUUUCUUCUGCCCAGAGUGUAUCUGUGAAGAGUCUCUUAUAAUUUGUUAUGUUUUGUGGAAAUCAGCACACAACCACAAUGACAUUUAAGCACAGGAUCAUUAUUAGUCUAUGUUUUUAAUAAACAUAUCGAUUAAGAAAAA